AUGGCAGAUCAGCCAUCUCCCGGCUCUCUGCCUCAGGGCGAGAUAGUUCAGCCGCCCGAGCUCACCUCAGAAGCGGAGUGGCCUUGGAAGAAGGUCGAAUCUUCCACCUCCGCUGAGCAGCCGAUCCAACCAGCGGUGGUUGAGGAUGCACCCCGGAGCUUCCGCAAGGAUCUUUGGGACAGGUUCGACUACCUGUGGAAGCACCGGAUUGAGCCUUCUCAGAGUUUGCUGCAGAAGGUCACGGAUCUGCUGAGGAGCCGCGCGGAAUUGGAGCGGAAGUACGGGGAGAGCCUCCUGAGCUUCGGGGAGAUCUCCGAGUCAGGUGCACUGCACAGCGCGGUGGAUGCGAUGAUUGUCAAUUUCCGCAAUCGCGGGGAGCAGUCCAUCAUCCUGGCAGAUGAGCUGGAGCAAGACAUCAUCGUCAGCUUCGACUGCGUCAUCAAGCAGCACAAGGAGGUAUCCAAAAAGGUCUACUCCGAUGUGCAGCUGCUGGUCAAAAACCUGCAGGAUCGCCGCAAGUCCCAUGAUAGGUCAGCGAGGAGGUAUGGCUCCCGCUGCGCAGAGGCGGAGUUUGCGGCGCAGGACAGCUUGCAGGCAGUCUCCAUGAAGACGGCAGACAGGCUAAAGCUGGCCCAGCAGGCCACGAUCCUGAGCAAGCAGGCCAGAGUCGCCGAAUACGAAGCUUGGCCGGCCCCAACCGAGGACUACUACCAUGCCAUCGACAAGGCCCAUCGACUGGUGCCUGAAACCUCACGUGGCUGA